GACUUCACUCGAUGUUUACAACCGCCAAGAUGUGGACAUCUUUUCCAUCACAUUCUUUAAUCUGCGUGUGCGCAGGGAAUCCGGAGCGAUGAAGGAUGAUGGCGGAAAUACGCCGAUGAUAGUCUCGUUGCUUGCGGGAGGUAUUGCGGGAGCUAUUGAGGGAGCUGCUACGUAUCCGUUCGAAUUUGCCAAGACAAGAGUUCAACUUCGUGAAAAGAAAGGCCAACCCACGCCCAAGAAUCCAUUCAAAGUCGUUUACCAAGUCUACUCCAAGGAAGGCAUUCGGGCACUUUACAAAGGCUGUCUUCCUCUCGUCAUUGGUAGCGUCGGCAAAGAUGGCAUUCGCUUCCUCUCCUUUGACACAAUCAAAAAUACUUUCAAGGAUCCCGAAACAGGCACCCUCUCCCCUGCUCGCAGCAUGCUAUCCGGCAUGGCUUCCGGGGUCGUAGCCUCUGCCACAGCUGUCACUCCCACCGAACGCAUCAAAACCGCACUUAUAGACGAUGCUCGCACAGAGCGCCGAUUCAAUAACGCGAGACAUUGUGUCAAAACCAUCCUCAAAGAAGACGGUUUCCUCGGCCUCUAUCGCGGUUUCGCAGGUACGACAUUGAAACAAGCCGGCGCAACAGCUUUCCGUAUGGGAACAUACAACAUUUUGAAAGACUACGAACGUGUACGAGGCAUCGAACAAUCUACUACGACGAAUUUCGCGAAUGGAUCUGUGGCGGGCGUGGUUACGACGUUGGCCACGCAACCUUUUGACAUGAUUAAGACAAGAUGUCAGAGUUCGAGGGGUGCGAGUACGGUUGAUACUUUCAAAAGCAUCAUGUCGGAUUAUGGUAUCAAAGGUUUCUGGAGGGGCACGACGAUGAGGUUGGGGAGGACGGUGUUCAGUGGAGGAAUUUUGUUCACCAGUUAUGAGUGGGCGGCUGCGUUGUUGAAUCCGGUUUUCAGGACGGUUGCGACGAAGGAUGAAUAGAUGGAUGGUGAGGUUGGAUAUAGAGAAGAGUUGCAUUUGUAUGUGCGAUGGAAGUGUAGAGACUUUAGUGGGAUGCUGACCGCCGCCCGCAGAUGCAAGUCAGAGCGACAUCCAGUGGCAUCUACGUAACGCCGGCACUCUUGCUCACCCAGACGAGUCAGCUUGCAAAGCGUCGGGUCUCGGCAGACCACAUGUAUAGAGCGUGUUGCCUUGUCUUUUGCUCGUGCAGCACCAAAUUUGCAGGAAGCGCGCGUGGAUCAAUGGUCCCAACACUGGGCGGUACGUUUUCCUCCAAUGCACUCGAUCGCC